AUGAGCAGAGCAACAUACCGCGCCUCGCCUGAAUUUUACCGCAUUCUUGCGUUCCUCCCUCGAACUUCCUCUCACGCCCCGCUCUUUCAGUUCGUCUCAAUCCGUCCAACAGCCAUGGCCUCCACACUCGCUGCUCGUCAGGUCCUUUCAGGAAUUUCCUUCAGCUCUGCCGUCAGAGGCACCGAGAUUGCUACCCGCAGCCUCCCCGCUCUUCCCCUACCAGUCGCGCCCCGCGGACUCGGCGUCACCGCGCUCUUCAGCUCGCGCAAAGCCGCCGUCCCCGCUAAGAGUGUUCUCGCGACGAAGCUGCGCACAGAGGACGGCAUCUUCGGCACGUCGGGCGGGUUCGGGUUUACCAAGGCGAACGAGCUGUUCGUGGGGCGCGUGGCCAUGCUGGGCUUCGCGGCGUCGCUGCUGGGCGAGGCGAUCACGGGCGCGGGCAUUCUGUCGCAGCUCAACAUCGAGACGGGCAUCCCCAUCACGGAGACCGAGCCGCUGCUGCUCUUCUUCAUCGCAUUCACCGUGCUCGGCGCCAUCGGCGGGCUGGGCGACCGCGGGCGAUUCGUGGACGACGACGCGCCUGCGGGUCCGCCGGUGAAGCCGGGGAGCUUCAAGGCGGCGCUGGGGCUGAGCGAGGACGGGCCGCUGUUCGGAUUCACCAAGGCUAACGAGCUGUUCGUGGGGCGGCUGGCGCAAUUAGGGUUUGCGGCGAGCCUGAUCGGCGAGGUGAUCACGGGCAGGGGCGCGCUGGCGCAGCUGAACAUCGAGAUCGGCGUCCCCGUGUGGGAGCUCGAGCCGCUUCUGCUCGCCAGCAUCGCCUUCUUCUUCGUCGCCGCCAUCAACCCCGGUACAGGGAAAUUCAUUAACGACGACGAGUGA